UUCAAAGCCUAGGCGCCGAGCGCUGGGCCGCAUCCUGAAAAUGGGGUCUUCCAGCUCUUCACCCCGGGCUCCGGACCCUGUCCUUCCGCCUCCUGAAGCUACUACAGCCCCUGCCAACCCGAUGCCCGCGGAUACGGCCGAAGCACCGACCUCUCCCGCACCAGCUGCCCUGUUUAAUAACUGCUGGAGCUGUCGCAUUCUCUCCGGGUCCGGGCUGAUCGCGGCGGGCGCCUACGUGUACCUUGUGGCUCGGAGGCCCAUGAAGCUGGGGCUCGCCCCGGGUCCCGGGCCCAUUGCGCAGAUGGUCGUCGGCAUCAGCAUUGCCUGUUGGGGUGUAGUUAUCCUGGUAGACCCAAAAGGGAAAGCCUACCGCGUUGCUUGAAGAUAACACCAGUGACUUUGUCAUCAUGUGUCCUUGACUUCGCUAUACACAGAUCAAGCAUGGGAUUUAUGGAUAUUCUGAGUAGA